AUGUCCUCCUCCUCCUCCUCCGCUGCCUACCCCGACACUCUGCCGCCCCGUGAGCCAAGCCCGGUGCCUAUCAACCCGCUCUCGCCUGCACCAAGCCUGCGCACUCAGCGUUCGCGCCAGCGUCUCCGGUUGCCCUUGCCGCGAGCCGAGUCCCCGCCCAUCCCUCCCACUCUGAUCGGCUCUCCGCUGCUGCAAAACACCAAGUCGCGUGCGCGCACCGUGAGCCUGAACCCGGUUUCGUCUGCGAAGCAAGUCGUCGAGCGCCGCAGGACACGCUCACACCACCGGCGAACAUCCUCCAUCUCGAUCUCGCCCAACUCCACCACCCGUACCAAUGCACGUGCGCGGUCGCCUCCGCCCUCCCCGCGCCGACCAUCCAUCGCGCCGCCUGUGCCGCCUAUUCCCGACUUUGCGCGCGUUGAAGCCCGCCAAGCUGUCCUGCGCCCGCGCCAAGUAGCGGACGACGUCGUACCUGUGAUCACCAUCUCCCCUCCAGCCCCGGAUGUGCCACUGCACCAAUCGCGCUUCUCGGCAGUCCCCCGCGCCGCGGCGAGCAAGGGCUUCACUUGCAUCAACUAUCUCGCUAUGCACAACUCGCGCGGCCCGAUGUCCGUGAGCGCGUACUAG